AUGAACUGGGUUGGUGGUUCUCGCAAAAGAAUCAUAUUUACCAAGGACAGAAGAAAGCAGAAGGACUUCUUUGAAAAGGAAAAGCUGAAGUCUAAGAUGAGGGUGUUGAGACAAUCUCCCCUUAAACAGUCUGUCGUCAGUUUAGAUCUCCUCAAUCUCCAUGUUGUUAACCAGAUAUCGACCAAGAAAAAUCAUUCUGACAGAGUUCAAAAGCCAGUUCAUGUGGAUAUUGACCAAAUUCCUGGGAGGUGGCGCAAUAUAGAACUCCCCAAGACGCCAGAGCAUGAACCACCAAAACCAUUCCUUGAUGAUGCCCAGAAAAGACUACAAAAAGAAGUAUUAGAAAACAGAAGAAAGUAUCUUUCAGAAAAAGAGAACUUACGAUUUCAGGCAACGUCACAAUCACAUGUAGUUGGCAACAUCCGUUCAGAGAGUGACCGCCCGAGGGGGGUCGCUCCCGACGGGAGAAUGGCAACGGGCAAGGAUUUAGAACAUGGGAGCAGAAGAGAGCUGUGGUUUGGUAUUACGCAUGACAGAGAGACACUGAAUGCCAUCCAGGAUACGCGGCCCGUUGCUACUGUGUUUGAAGAGAAGAAUCAUCAGUUUCUAACUACUCCUUCUUCAGAAUGUUAUCAUUCUUUUUCUAACAAAAAUAUUAUAAACCAGCCUUUUAUACAUGCUGUUGAUGACCAUCAAACAUCCAGCAUGUAUGGUUUUUAUGAUGUCAAAGAAAUGCCUCCGAUCUCAAGCUGUGCUGAAAGAUGUCCUGCUGAGAGGGAGCUUGAAAGUAUUUUCACAGCUCCAGAGCAGAUUUACUCGCAAAAUGCCCAAAGCUUUAGUACACUUGAUCAGGAGCCCAUUAAGAAUCAGCGGAGAGAUUACAGUAUCCAAGACAGAAAUCCCGUAAUAUUGUCUGAACAGCAAGAGGAAGCUACCGACUCUGAGAGUGCAGAUGAGGCACCUCAGCUGAGCAGCCAGUGCCCCAGUUAUUCUCCAGAGCAAACAGAGAAAUGUGCUAGCACCACAUCUGAUGAGUCUGCAGAGGAAGAUCAAGAUGGAAAUAUGUCAUCCUAUUAUAAAAACUAUAUUCCAAGAAAUGAUGGGAACGGACUUGCAGUUUUAGGAAGCCGAAGGUCACGCUGCCACUGCCACUCAAUGGACAUGCCUUUUAUUCAUCACGACUACGGAACUAGGGAUGGAGCCAACGUUUGUCCCCAGCUAAAGCCAACUGUUGAUCUAAAAAAAUAUGACAGAGCUCUUCCUCCGCAAAUCAUAUCACAUGCAUCCUUUAAAACCAAACAUGCACGUUCUAAGGCCAGCCAUCAUGCUUGGUCCCAGACCGAGAAAUGUGCUUGGGAAACAGGAAAAUCUGAUGCAGCCGUGCAGUGCGAUCUAAUACAAGCCUGUGGCUGCAAAAAUGAACUAUCCUCUGUCCACAGUGCUGAAAUUGUCACUUCCACUAGCAAGGUAGAAACCACUGGAGGGCAGAACAUUCCAGCCGAUAGAGCUGCAUUUCAGCCUUCAAGUACUAGCAGUGCAAUAUUGGUUAAAGGCGUGCCUUCAGAAACAGAGUCCCUCAGACAGCACAGCAAAAUGAGCAUAGGUACAUCAGCAAAAUGA